GUCGGCAGAGGGAAGCGGGAAGCAGCAUGGAGGUCGCGGUGUCGGACGUGGGGGUCUGCAACCUGGCCUAUGCUGGGCGCCUAGAGGAGCUGCGGGCCCAGCUCCUGCGCGACAGGGCCCUGGCCACUAAGGCCGACCAGGACAACCGGACCGCGUUGCACUGGGCCUGCUCGGCUGGACACACGGAAGUCGCCGACCUCCUUCUCAGCCUCGGUGUGCCUGUGGGUGACAAGGACGAUGCUGGCUGGACUCCAUUACACAUUGCAGCUUCGGCAGGCCGAGAUGAAAUUGUGAAAGCCCUGAUUGCCAAGGGUGCUCAUGUGAAUGCUGUAAAUCAGAAUGGCUGCACGCCCCUGCAUUAUGCAGCCUCCAAAAAUAAGCAGGAGAUUGCAAUCAUGCUUUUAGAGAACAGCGCUGAUCCGGAUGCAACAGAUCAUUUUGAAUCCACCCCGUUGCACAGAGCAGCAGCCAAAGGAAACCUGAAAAUGGUACAGAUUCUUCUGCAGCACAAAGCAUCUGUUAAUAUACAGGACUCUGAAGGGAAUACUCCUCUUCAUUUAGCCUGCGAUGAAGAGAGAGUGGAGGAGGCAAAGCUGCUGGUGUCUCAUGGUGCGAGUAUUGACAUUAAGAAUAAAGAGGAACUGACCCCACUGAAAGUGGCAAAGGGUGGCCUGGGUACGGUGCUUAAAAGGAUGGUGGAAGGCUAGUGGGGGUUGCUGGUUUGAUAUUUCUCUCCUGGUGCACUUGUAUUUAAGACUGCAGACUUCGUGUUUUCGUAAUUCAAUUAGGAUGUCAAGUAUGGGCAUCAGCAUGGUAAUGUAAUGUGUAUCGCUAGCUAUUCCUCACAUAGAGUGCCAAAACAGCUUGUACCUCCUGUUAAUUAAACAGGUCACUCUUUUUAAAGUCUUUUUCAAUUAUCUUGCAAAUUUGUUUCAGUUUACAGUACAAUCUGUGUAAGUGCGGUCAUUCCUUCUACUGUGGAACCUAGUUUAGGAUUAUUUCUUUCAAGCAACAGGACCAAAAAUGCAUUAACCAUUAAAAGUCAGUUUUAUGUUGGAAGCUUAUUCCAGAGUCUUUGUUUUUCUCCUUGGCCUUUGAUUUGUGUGUGAGGUCUUUUGUUUGACUUUUGUGGGUAUUCCUUCUUCUCCUUCAGGUGAUUCUAAUCAACACAUAUCUCUUACAGAAUGCAGUUUGCUUAGUUACUUGGAUAAUUGUAUCCAGUUUUAAUCUUCCUUGUCUUUUUAAGUGAGCUCUGAGUGUUCAAAGCCUUACUGUUGUUAUCAUGUUUCUUUGAAUCUUUAAAAGGCUGUAUUUGAAGUGCACUGGAUUGCUUGUGGAAUGGAGGGCAGUGUCAGGGUCACCUCUGCAAAUACGUUGUUACAUAGCGGAUGGCCCUGGAUAAUGCUCUGGGAUGUACUUCAAAUCUAAUUUAUUUCCUCUUGCUCCUCCUGUAGAUUUCUGUUCUGUUUGAUUCCCUUUAUGUAGCACUGAUGCUCACAGUUUACCAUUAUAUUUUGUAACAGAAGCCUGGUUUAAACUCUGUUUCCUCAUAGCAAAUCCUGGUAUUAAGUUGUUAGAAGGCAUAGCUAAUGAGACCGAGUCUGAAACGUAACCUUUUGUUCUGAUGUUGUAAAGGUCACUUUUGACAUUAUUGGGGUAGAUCUUCCCCUUCUGAACAAAUAAUGAUGAUGAAAUUUUGUGAAAUAAAGAACUUUCCUAA